CGCUCUCUUACUGGCAUCGAAACAGGCGCACCAUGCUCCGGAAAGGCCACCCUCUACACCGCCCUCGCCAAGCAGUACAACCUCGACCACUUCUCCCUUGGCGACGAACUGCGCUCGCUCGUCAGCGACACACCCUCCGGUCAUGCUGCCCGCAUAAAACCCUUCUUCUCGGACUCUGAAUUCGAGACAUGUCGCAACAACUUGUGUGCAGGUACUCUUGGUCCGGUGCACCUAACGCCGAAGUAUGUCAAGGAGCGCGUCUUCCCUACCGGCUCUAACCUACAAUGUGUACGAAUGCUGAUUGAUGGGUUUCCUCAAGAUGCGGAGCGAUGGGUGCCAUUCAAGGAGCCUGCAGAGCCGUUUUGGGCGCCCAACAGGAAGAGCGUGCUGAUUGUGCUCGACGUGGAGAAAGAGGUGGCGUUGGAGCGCUUUACGAAGAGGGCCAGACCGGGAGAUGUGUUUGAGAGGAGGUUUGAUGAACACAUGGAGCUAAUCUCUGAGAUCGUGGAAGCAAUGAAGGACGAUGAUAUGACGAUUCACAGUAUGGGGAAGAACGAUGGAGAUUUGCAGGCAAUGGUAGAGAGUCUUGCCGAGCUCUUAGGUCAAGGCGACUAUGAGGGAGAGAAACAAAGUCAAACAUAGGGACAUUUAUACAUGGGAAUCGAUGGUGUUACAACUCCUGGACAUGGUACUACUGAUGAUGUCGAGAGCUGUGGUUGGUGAGAUGGCGCAAAGGCAAGAAGCUAGGGUUCAGCCCUACGAACAUUUUCAUCCCACUUCAACCCCGCGACGCGCCGCAACACGCCACCAACACAAUGGAAGAAGACCGCACAGCCACGAAUCUUGGGCCUGAGGUGAACGAUGAAAUCACAGAGGAGCCAGCUGCCGUACCUAAGCAGCCAAAGAGGAGAUUUGUUGGGAGAAAGACGGCUGAGAAGAGCGGCGAGCAGCAGGCAGAUCCCAAUGCGAACAUUGAGGACUCGAGCGCAAUACAAG